GAAGAAUUUUGAUAAAGGGGGUGUUCUUUUGUUCUUUUGUUCGAGGAUGAUGAGUGUUCUUUUGUUCCCAGGUAGCCGGUGAGGGUGCGGUUUGCUUCUUGACCGUUGGCCGUGUUCUGUGUUUUUUGGCCGAAGCGGUGUUGUCCGUAGUCUGGCGUUCACGCUUUUGAGGACGAUAACGACACUGAUCUGGGAGGAGCGGUGUGUGUCCUGGUCUCAAAGCCGAUAAAUGCCCUGUGACCUCAAGUGUUGCGCUUUUGGAGGGAAUUCUUUGUUCGCUAGCUUUGCUGCGGCCGAUGGUGCACCACGAUGUUAUGGACGUUGUGGUGCAUGUCUAAUGUUGUAGUUAUGGGCUUGGUAUAUUUUUGGAUUUUUCUGAUUUUGUCUCGGUUUGGAAAGGCCGGUGUAGUCCCCUAGUCCCCCACUGCUUCAGGUCGAAGAGUAGAUGAGGGGUGAAGGAGUAAAGGAUUUACCCAGGCCGAGGCGGACUCUUGUAUACACCUGAAUCCAAUUCCUUGGCGAUUCCCUGGUCAAGGUAACCCUGUGGGAGAACCCUUGGACGCAGGUCGCUUUCAAGAAAUUAUCAUCAGGGUUUUAUACAGGGCCGAUGGCGUGGGGUUUCUUGGUGGUUUUACCGCCGCGGCCGUUGAGAAAACCAUGCGAUUGGCAUUCUAUUCGAGCCGAUGUUGACGUGCCUUGAGAUGUGAUCUAUCCAUUUGAAGUAUCUGUGUUGCAGCCGAUACGAGCAUGCUUUACUUGUGUGGCCGUUGAGUGGUUGGCUCGUUAGUGGUGAGCUGGUGUUGUGGAAGUGGGCCUGACCCGACUUCUAAACUGGUGCCCAGCCCAAUGGGCCUUGGGGGUGGUGGCCGUUCAUGUGGCCAAUGGGAGGUUGCCACGUGUAGUGACCGUUGGGGGGGGAGGUCUAUAAAUACCCCCCCCCCCUCCCCCCUCCGAAGAGGUUCCUCAUUGCAUUCCUGAGAUAAUGAAGUGUUGCUGAAUUUUCUAGAGAGAUAAAGUUCUUUCAAGUGUUCUUCGUGUUCAUCCCAGCUUCAAAGGUUAGUUCAUCGAAACAUCCCUCUGUGCUUUGCCUAUUUCGCUUCCUAGGCCAUUGAUCCUUUGUUAGUGGGGAAAGACCCUUAGAUCCAAAGUAGAAAUCUUUAGGCUCUAGUUAAUUGUUAUAAUGAAGCCUUUGGACGAUGAGUACUACCCGUACGACGAUGAACCCUCUGCUAAGUCCCUUGAUUACCGGGUGGUGGAGGAGUGCUGUGAGGAGAUAGAGGAGUUGAGCUCCUUCAAGUCAGGGGAGGGUGAAGAUGAGGACGAAGAGGCCGCCUCAUCGUCUGAUGGUGAAGACGUAGUGGCUUCACGUGCUGUGGACGGAGCGUCUACAUCGGCUGCGAUCCCCUGCCCGAAGCCGGUUUCUGCUGUGAAGGGAGCUGCUCCGAUGAGAAGGCGGCGGCCGAAGAGGGGUCCAGGUUUCUUUUACCUGGAUCUCACCAACCUUUAUCUGAUCAAGCCGGAGAGUAGUGCGGCCGAUUACCUGGUGGCCCAGAUGUACGUGGGGUCGUAUGGACGGGUUAGGGCGCCCAAGCCGACGGAUCACGUGUUGAAUCCACCUCCGGGGUAUUUUGGAGUAUACCCCAUGAGCUUCACAAAGGGACUUAGGUUUCCCCUUCACCCCUUCAUCACAGAGUAUCUGGACAUGGUGGGUCUCCCUCCGGCCUUGCUGACUCCCAACAGUUAUUCGCUCAUCGUCGGCUUUCUUCUCCGCUGCGAUGAGCUAGAUUUAGGCCGACAACGGCAUUGUUUAUGAACCUGUACCAGAUUGGCCGAGGGAGCCACAAAAAUUGUGCUGGUUACGCCAACCUCCAACAGCUGCCGAAGAAGAGGAGUUUCACUGACCUCCCUUCGUCUAUUCAUGGAUGGAAGAGCAAGUUCGUCUUCGUGUCCUUGGGUGAGGACGGUACGGAGUUUCCUUCAGUUGGUCACGACAGGAAGUUCACCCUGCACGACGUGCCGAAGAGCGGUAUCCUGGAUGCCCAGGUAGCGGCGUUUCUAAAGGAUGGGCCGAGGAGCGUGAAACAUUACAUCACGGAAUACAAGAUGACUGCCCUCGGCUUCAUGAGGUAUCACGUUUAUGGUGACAAGGAAGGUGAUAUCGAGUUGUGGCCGAAGAUGACCACCACCUUUGAGGAGGCCGACAGCCCGGAUAUGGGCAUUCCUGCUGAUGCCGAUGACUUCGCUAUGGAUCGUAGAUCCGUCAUGGCCUUAGCAAAAGCUAAGGCGAAGGAGGAAAUGGCCGCAAAGGAGGCCGCAAAGGUGGCCACUGUGAGCGGCGCUCAACCAAACUCUUGAUGUGGCGAAGAAGCCGCCAACGCAGCCGAAGAAGAAGCGGCCCGCCGAUGACGGUCAGAAAAAACUUACUGAGGCCGGCAUGCAAUCCAAGAAGUCGAAGAGGGCUUCCACUCUGGCGGAUGCUGGUGCCGGGGUGGCCAUACCGGAUGAUGAUGCUGGGGGCUCUAAUGCCAUUGCCGUUGUGGACACGGUUUCGGUCCCUUCUUCGGCGAUCCUAUCUCAGUCGCCCCCUAUCGGCCAAGAGCCCCGUAAGAAAAGGGCCGGCAAGGAGCUGGCCGGCGGGACUUACAAGCUCGAGAUAGAGUACCCUGUGAAGGGUGGCGUCUUCAAUGACGCCAUUGACAGCCAUGAUGUCCUGGCCCAGGCUGUCCCGGUAGAGGAUCGGGUUUAUCUGAAGAAGCUGGGUCCCGUCAGGAUUUAUGAUGGCGGCAUGGACCUCAUCGUCCAAGGCGCUUUCAUGCUGAUGGAGAGCCACAAACGGCAGGAGCAGGAGAUUGCCCGCCUAAGGGAGACCGAGAAGAAAGCUGCUUCGGCUGAGGAGGCCAUGGCCUGCCUGGAUCGGCUUCGGGAGGAAGUGAAGGCCCUUCAGAAGGGUGUUGAUGAGGCCGAUGUGGCCUACCGGCAGGUAACGGCUGACCGGGAUGACGCUCUGAGGGCUAGGGACGAAGCCCUUCAAAGCCGUGAUGAGGCCCUGCUCCGGGCCGAAGACGCCGCCAGGGCUCAGGCUGAUUCCGAGAGGGCCACUGAGAAGGCCGUUGACGGUGCCAUCGAGAGGUUCCUGGCCGAAGGCUGGAAAGCCGAUGACCACCGGCCCUGGUGCUAUGAAGUCGUGGCGGAUCGGCUCGAAGAUUGGGGCCAAAACUGCCCUGCUGGUCAAGAGUACUUUGCUCGCGAGAUGGCUGUCUACUAUGACAUGGGCCAGUAGAGGAUGCAGCGGCUGAUAUACCGGAGGCUGCACCGGGCGUUUAAAAAGCUUAAGCUCACCCACAGGUGGGCUAAGAAGAACCUGAAGCUUCCACGGCUGAUGAGGGAUCCCGAGGCCGAAGCGAAACUCCCCCCAUCUGAGAGGUAGGAUCCAGUGCUAAGCUCUUCUAUUGGUUCGCCUGUCUAUUCCGACGAUGACACUAUGGCCGAUACUGUCGUCUCCUCAGCAGGCGAGGCCAGUGAGGGUGCUAGGACGGGGGAGGCCGAAGCGGAGCGAGUGGUCGAUGAGACCGUCCCCGAGAGUUGAUCGGCUGACUAAUCAUUCUGUAAUGUAGCUAGGCUAGUGUUUGUAACGUCCUUCUUUUUGUAAUGGCCGUUGAGCCCUCCUUAUGUAAUGACUUCAUAUUAAUGAAAUAUGUUUCCGGCCUUAUCAUG